AUGAGCCAAUUCUUCUCACCUCGCAACGUGGCCAUUGGUGUUGGCCUUGGCGGCUUGCUGUUUGCUGUUCCCCGCGUGAUGGAGGGAAAGAAAAUCGAGACAUUUGGAUCUCAAAACAUUGCAGAGCGAUAUUCCGCAGGAGGUGGAACCAAAACACAUCUACCUGGCGUGGCCACUCCGAGAGCAGGAGAUCCCGACAACGAAAGCUCGAGAAAAAUGAAUGGCCACACUGGUAUCGGUACCAAGGCCUUCAAAGAGAACCAUGAGGAUCAAAAGGUUGGCGAUCCGGGCGCCAUUGGCAAAGCGUGGCAUCAGUCCCAGUACGGCAGCGACAAAGGGAAGUGA